AUGGUGUGGUUUCAGUGUGAAGAUUGUGGAGAGAACUUGAAGAAACCCAAGUUACCUAAUCAUUUCAGAAUGUGUUCUGCAACCAAGCUAUCUUGCAUUGAUUGCGGAGAGACAUUUGGUCAGCAAAGCGUUCAGGGCCACACUCAGUGCAUUACCGAAGCGGAGAAAUAUGGUCCAAAGGGUCAAGGGAAAGCUUCAAAUGGUGCAACCCCUAAAUCCAACAAGGACGCAAAGCAAAAACCUGACGUUGAUAUCAAUGUUGGCUUAUCUGAACGCCCACCAUGGUUUUGUAGUCUCUGCAAUACCAAGGCAACCAGUAAGCAGACUCUUCUUCUCCAUGCUGAUGGAAAGAAGCACCGGGCAAAGGCCCGGGCUUUUCAAGCUGCCAAGGAACAACCUAAACAAACAGAAGAAUCUGCUCUUGAUUCAAAUGCUCCUACUAAGGCUGCAUUGAUUGAAAAUAAACAUGUUGAGGAGCAAAACUUGCAGGAUACACCAGAAGUCGGCAGUGCAGAUACCAACACUGAAAUAGAGAAUGGAAAGUUGCCUUUGAAAAAGAAGAGAAAGCUUGAUGCAUCUGGGAACGAUGGUACUGGGAAUAAGAAAGGGGAGGGUGCUUCAAAUGAAGUGUGCAAUGGUGAGAGUCUGGUUGAAAGAAGAAAAACAGAAGAUGUUGAGACCUGGUCAAAGAGAGCAAAACACAAUUCACUUAAAGAAGAAAAGGAAGUAGAUUCUAGCCCUAAAAAAGAAGACAAUAAAAAGAAGAUAAAGUGGAAGAAGCUGAUUAAAUCAGCCUUGAAAUCUAAUGAUGGAGUUCUGAAGAUGAGGAAACUGAAAAAGCUUGUUCUGAAAUCCCUCCAAGAAUCUGGCUUAACAGAAUGUGAAAUGGAACUCAGUAAUAUGCUUGAACAAAAGAUCAAUUCGAGCUCCCGAUUUAGAGUUGACGACAAAUAUGUCCAUCUAGUAGCAAAGGAUUGA